UGUUGUUGUGCUGUCUGCAGGUCUGGAGAACGUCACUAUACAGCUGAAUCUGGAGGCCGAGUUUCACUUCACACAUCUCAUUAUGACGUUCAAGACGUUUCGACCUGCCGCCAUGGUGAUCGAGCGCUCAGCUGACUUUGGGAAGACAUGGCAGCUUUAUCGUUACUUCGCCUACGACUGUGAGAGCUCCUUCCCAUCUGUUUCCCAGGGACCAAUGCAGAAGGUCGAUGAUGUCAUCUGUGACUCGCGUUACUCCGACAUCGAGCCGUCCACUGAAGGAGAGGUGAUUUUCAGAGUUUUGGACCCGGCCUUCAGGAUCGAUGAUCCCUACAGCCCCAGAAUCCAGAACAUGUUGAAGAUCACCAACCUGCGGGUGAAGUUCACCAGACUGCACACGCUCGGCGAUAACUUGCUGGACUCUCGUAUGGAGAUCAAAGAGAAGUAUUAUUUCGCCAUCUUCGAUAUGGUGGUCCGAGGAAACUGCUUCUGCUACGGACACGCCUCAGAGUGUGCCCCGAUCCAAGGAGCCGGACAGACCAGUGAGGGCAUGGUUCAUGGUCACUGCAUGUGUAACCACAACACUAAAGGUCUGAACUGUGAAAAGUGUCAGAAUUUCUACCACGACCUGCCGUGGAGACCAGCCGAGGGACGCAACACCAAUGCCUGCAAAAAGUGCAACUGUAACCAGCACUCCUCCUCAUGUCACUUUGACGUGGCCGUGUUCGUGGCUUCAGGAAACAUCAGCGGAGGAGUCUGCGACGACUGUCAGCACAACACGGACGGACACAACUGUGAGCGGUGUAAACCAUUUUACUACCAACAUCCAGAGAGGGACGUCAGAGACCCCAACAUUUGUCAAUCCUGUAACUGCGAUGCUCUGGGUUCACUGAACGGAGGAAUAUGUGACGGGAUGACAGACGUUCGAGCCGGUUUGAUUGCCGGUCAGUGUCGCUGUAAAGUCAACGUGGAAGGAGAACGCUGUGAGCGCUGCAAACAGGCUCACUACAGGAUGAGUGACGAGCCUGAAGGCUGCACGGUGUGUACCUGCAGUCCCCUGGGAACUCUUCCUGGUGGAAAUCCCUGUGACAGUGAAACAGGAAGUUGUUUCUGUAAACGUCUGGUGACAGGACGAGACUGUGACCAGUGUGUGUCUGAACACUGGGGUCUCAGUAACGAUAUGGACGGCUGCAGACCAUGUGACUGUGACCUCGGAGGAGCUGUCAACAACCAGUAAGUUUAGUCCACUUUAUUAGGUACACCUUGCUAGUACCGGGUUGGACCCCUUUUGCCUUCAGAACUGCCUUAAUUCUUCGUAGCAGAGAUUCAACAAGGUGUUGGAAACAUUCCUCACACAUUUUGCUCCAUAUUGACCCGAUAGCAUCACGCAGUUGCUGCAGAUUUGUCUGCUGCACAUCCAUGAUGCCAAUCUCUCGUUCCACCACAUCUCAAAGGUGCUCUGUUGGAUUGAGAUGUGGUGACUGUGGAGGCCAUUGGAGUACAGUGAACUCAUCAUCAUGUUCAAGAAAGCAGUUUGAGAUGAUUUGAGCUUUGUGACAUGGUGCAUUAUCCUGCUGGAGGUAGCCAUCAGAAGAUGAGUCCACUGUGGUCAUAAAGGGAUGGACAUGGUCAGCAACAAUACUCAGGUAGGCCGUGGCGUUUAAACCAUGCUCAAUUGGUACUCAUGGCCCAAAGUGUGCCAAGAAAAUAUCCCCCCCACCUUUACACCACCACCAGCAGCCUGAACCGUUGAUACAAGGCAGGAUGGAUCCAUGCUUUCAUGUUGUUUACGCCAAAUUCUGACCCCACCAUCUGAAUGUCGCAGCUGAAAUCAAGACUCAUCAGACCAGGCAACAUUUUUCCAAUCUUCUAUUGUCCAAUUUUUGUGAGUCUGUGUGAAUUGUAGCCUCAGUUUCUUGUUCUUGGCUGACAGGAGUGACACUCGGUGUGGUCUUCUGCUGCUGUAGCCCGGCUGCUUCAAGGUUCCACGUGUUGUGCAUUCAGAGAUGUGUUCUGCAUACCUUGGUUGUAACGAGUGGUUAUUUGAGUUACUGUGGCCUUUCUAUCAUCUCCAACAACUCUGCCCAUUCUCCUCUGACCUCUGACAUUAACAAGGCAUUUUCGUCCACACAACUGCCGCUCACUGAAUAGCUUUUCUUUUUCGGACCAUUCUCUGUAAACCCUGGAGAUGAUUGUGCGUGAAAAUCCCAGUAGGUCAGCAGUUUGAAAUACUCAGACCAGCCCGUCUGGCACCAGCAACCAUGCCACGUUCAAAGUCACUUAAAUCCAUUUUCUUCCUCAUUCAGAUGCUCGCUUUCAAAUUCAGCAAGUCGUCUUCAUCACGUCUAGAGGCCUAAAUGCAUUGAGCUGCUGCCAUGUGAUUGGCUGAUUAGCUAUUUGUUUUAACAAGCAAUUGAACAGGUGUGCCUAAUAAAGUG